AGAAGACCCUCGCCUAUGGGGCGGGGCUUCCUGGAAGGCUCCUCCCCCAGCCCGCCCAGGUUCCGGAGGGUCCUGCGGGAGAGUCUGCCCUUCCCCGCGUCCGGCCCGGCGUCCUCUGUGUCCCGGCUGCUCGCGACCGGACAUGCUACCGGACUGCCUGUUGGCGGAGGGCGAGCGGCGCUGCCGGAGGUUGCUGGCGGGGGCCACGGCCCGUCUUCGUGCGCGGCCCGCGUCGGCCGCGGUGCUAGUGCCGCUCUGCUUAGUGCGCGGGGUCCCGGCGCUGCUCUACACGUUGCGGUCCAGCCGCUUGGCCGGGAGGCACAAGGGGGACGUCAGGUACACCGGCCGGGAACUCCUCGCCCUUCAACGGGAGUACGCUGAACCUCGGAGACAGCAGGGACCUUGGGCGAGGCGCCUGGCUUCUCCGAGCCUCGGUUUCCGCCUCUGCAAAAUAGGUCUGGGGAGACCCUGUCCACCCACAGGCUAUGGCGAGGAGUCAGACCCGUGUCCCUCCAGGUCCCUCGAAGCGCGUCCUGGCGAACACCACCUCGGGCUGGGACUUCUCUCCGACAGUGUCACCCUGUCUAAGAAGGCCCCCUCCUGGCGGGGUUUCCCAGGCGGCAAGUGCGACCCGGCUGACCAGGACGUGGUGCACACAGCCCUGCGGGAGACCAGGGAGGAACUGGGUCUGGCAGUAUCUGAGGAGCAGGUGUGGGGCCUGCUGCGACCUGUGUAUGACAGGCAAAGAGCCACCGUAGUUCCAGUGCUUGCUGGUGUGGGCCCCCUGGAUCUCCAGAGCCUCAGGCCCAACCCUGAGGAGGUGGAUGAGGUGUUUGUGCUGCCCCUGGCCCACCUGCUGCAGACUCAGAAUCAGGGCUAUACCCACUUCUGCCGAGGUGGCCACUUCAGCUACACACUUCCUGUCUUCCUGCAUGGACCACACCGGGUGUGGGGGCUCACAGCUGUCAUCACUGAGUUCACUCUACAGCUACUGGCACCUAGUACCUACCAGUCUGUCCUGGCCACCCCUGAGCUGCCCAGGGGCUGAGGACCUGCCCCUAAGCAGCCCAACCUCUGCCUCCACUCUGCUGGGCCAGGCCCACGCCAAGACUGAAGAAAGGGCCUUGUGUUCAUUGCAGCAUUAUUCACAACAAUCAAGAGGGGGAAGCAGCCUGAAUGUCCAUUGACAGAAAAUGUGCACACACACGGAAUACUAUACAGCAUUAAAAAGGAGAUUCUGUCAUCUGUAACAACCUGGACAAACAUGAGGACAUUAUGCUAAGUGAAAUAAACCAGGCCAGAAAGACAGAUGCCACGUGAUCUCACUUUGUGGAAUCUAAACCAGCUGAACUUAGAGAAUGAGUAGAUGGCUCAGGGACUGUAACUCUGUGGUUAGGGUGCCACAUGUACUAAGGCUGGUGGGUUUGAACCCCGUCCGGGCCUACUAAACAACAAUGACAACAACAACAAAAUAGCCGGGUGUUGUGGUGGGCUGAGACAAGAGAAUCGCUUAAGCCCAAGAGUUUGAGGUUGCUGUGAGCUGUGACAUUACAACACUCUACCGAGGGUGACAUAGUGAGACUGUCUCAAAAAAAAAAGAAAAGUAGAA